UGAGGUUAUUUUUCAUUGUGAGCGCCAAAUAUUUCUUUUCUCAUUUUACUAUUUAAUACAAAAAAGUAUUUAAAAUGCCACAAACAGGCGCAACAAGAUAUCAGAAGUUUCUUAAAUCGGAGAAAUCGAAAACCAAGUUAAAGAAUAAACAAGCUAAGAAGAAAGACUUACCAAGGGGUACGAACGUAACGAAGACGAAUUUUAAAGUCAAACAGAUCGUAAUAAAAGAGCAACUGAAACAGCAUGGUGACAACGAAGCCUUGUCUGCUCGGAAGCUAAACGCGAAAGAGCUCUUGUCGAGAUUAAAUCAUUUUAACACACACUCCUGUAAAGAUGCCCUAGAAGGUAUAAAGGAACUGAUAAGCGGCCAUGUGAAUGUGUUGGAAGACAACCUGGGCCAGCUUAUUAAUGGAGUGGCUCCAUUGGUACUUAAUAUUGAAGCUGUUGUUCGCAGAGAGGCUUUGAAGGUCCUACAUUUGAUGCUUUCUAAUGUAACUGUAGAAAAAACAGAACCUUUCUUUGAUAUCCUGUCUACUUACCUCAGAAGUGCCAUGACACACAUAGACAACAGGAUUCAAGAGGACUCCCUACUGUUUCUUGAUAUACUCCUCAUUUGCUGUUCUGAAAAUGUAGCAAAGGAUUUCCACAGGAUCAUUCCAAAUUUUUUAGAUAUGAUUUCCAAAUUAAGGGUAGAUUCGAAGCCAGGAAGAACACUGACUGUCAAUUUGAGCAGCCAAAUUACUAGUGUAAAAUGGAGAGUUAAAGUAUUACACAGGCUGCAAGACUUUCUAAGAAAGUAUGUGGAACACAACAAAAUCAAUGUAGUUGACAAGGAACUCGCAGCCAACACAAAAUUCUUUGACAGUUCUAAGAUGAACCACUACCCCUUAUACAAUCAUAGUUACACAGCAGUAUGCCACGUGUCAUCAUUUUCAGCUAAGAAUACACAAGAUGCAUCAAUUGAUGAGGCUGAGAAAUUCAUAAAAUACAUUGAAACUUUAAUGCCUCUGCUUUUUGAGGCUUGGGUUGAAGUAUGUGCCAAUGCUAACUCGGACAAAAAUAUUGAAACACUAGUGAGUGAGGACUCAGCAGGGUUAUUAAAGCGCAUCCUGGAAGUAGUAACAUUAUUGUGGGACCUGGUCCAAUACCUUAACAAGAAGAAUCCUCACUCUAACAUUGAAAACCUGUUUAGGCAGAAUUACCGCAAGCCUUUCAGUCAACACUUUGUGCAACCUUUCCCAUUUGCCACAAACAUAAGGUCACGACAACAAAGAGGGAGCCAAACCAACACAAACUUUGAAGAUUUGAUUACAGAUCCUAAGUUAAUUAUUGAAAACUUACUCAUUUGCCAAAUGUUUAUUGCUCUCAAUCCAAAUGUGCACAUCAAAAAUCAGAGCAAGGAAAUAAGUUCAGUUCUCAACUACAUGGAAAAGAUAUUUAAUGAGCAUGCUGAAGUUGACGUCAGUGAUCUCCUGAUUAAGAUUUUAGAUAAUGUAUUCUCCAAUGAUGUCAAUAAUUGGACAAGAACACUUUCUGUCAUGGAUGCCCUAUUGAGAAAAGUAAUAUGGGCAUACUUUAACAAAAAUCUGCCAAGUCAAUUUAGACAGAAGAUCUUUUCUCUUCUCUGUAAAAUAGCACUGAGUGAUAAAUUGGCUCAUUUUCAUGCAAGUGAUGCUUAUGACAUAUGGCUCAAGAACUUGCCUGAUAUCUUACUUGAGGAUUCAGUAACUGUGCAAGUUGUUGAUAUCCUGAACAAGUUUGCUGUUGCAAAUAACACAAUCUUCAAUUCUGUAGUUAAACCAAAACUGCUCAAUAUUAUUGAAAACCUACCAAAAAUUUCUGUAUCUGACAGUGUAAACCCUACAAGUUACUAUAAGAUUUUCUCCUUACUAUAUUGGAUCAAGUGUUGGGAUGAUGCAUCAUUGAAUUUAUUGGAAAAUCAGUUGAUCAACAAUGCUUAUGAUUUGGAUCAUGGGAAAUAUAUUUUUGAUACUCUGAGACACAGAAGUGCUGUUAAUGUAUGAUAGUAGUAACAGCUCAGAU